ACAUCUCUUGUUGUGCUAAAGUCAGUGUUGCCAGACAAAUAAAUCUGACUGAGCGGUUUACAGGGUGCAUUUCAUAAAUGUACUGGGGGUGUGUGUCAAACUUUAGAGCCCGUUUGUAAAACGUUGUGUCGUAUUUGAAGGUUUUAAGAGACCGAAACGAGGAGACGAUUUAGGAAACGAUGGAACCAACAGAGGCGACAAAAAGACACUUUUCAUGCGAGAUUUGAGCGGAACGCGAGAUUUCUCCGGUAUCCAAGGAGACGACGACAGCGUUCGGUAUCUUUGCAGUGAGGAAGAGGCGCUGGUGGGAGUGUGUGUUAUUUCCUCCGGUGAUGUUUCUGUUUAGGAGACGGCCUUUUACACAAUGGACCUGCCGGAGACGAUCAGAAAACGUCUGGAAGACUUCUCUCGGAAUGUGUUAUUUGACCAGAGUCGGACUCAGCCAUUCUCCAAGGAGAAUGACUCGUUUUUGCCACACGACAAGCGGGUUCUGUCGAGUCUCCACCUCCAGAUGUCUCUGUACUUUAACAUGUGGUUCUUCCCCUGGUGGUGGAUCAGUGAAGUUGUAAUGCUGCAGCUCAAGUAUCCGGCCUUGCCAGACUACUACAAGUUCAUCCUUGUGACUGUUCUCAUCCUGAUGACUCUGAUCGAGGCCAUUCGACUUUACCUUGGCUAUGUUGGGAACCUGCAAGAAAAGGUCCCGGAGUUGGCUGGAUUUUGGCUGCUGAGCAUCCUGCUUCAGUUUCCACUGAUCCUGUUUCAGCUGUUUAAUGAAGCCAUUCUCAUACAACCCCUGGAAAGAGGUGUUCACAUAGUUCUCGCUAUAUUCAUACUCACACAGGGCCUCACUGGUUUUGUGGCACUGCGGGACAUGGUGAGACACACAGAAAGCCAGUUUCAUCUGAGACAGUUUGACUGACUUAUGAAGCUCUUAACUUCCCUGCAACACGUGGACACACCAGGACAUAUCCUUACUUAACACCUCCAACUCAGAGACUGACCACAAAAAGGAUGUGUCAGGUUUUGUAUUAAUCGCAUUACAUGGGAUAUUUACUGUUUACUAACUAAUUACUAAAGAGAAAAACGUUUGGCCAUAUUUAUUUUUGUAUUUUAUUCACAUUUUACUUCAUGGGAUUCUAUUGUUGGUUUUGUAAAUUUGCAGUAAAUAAAAUCUACAUAUAA